AUGUCCUCCACCGCAACUCCUCCGUUGGGGACAGUCCACUCCGCACCAAGCGGACAAAAGCAGUUCUACGCAACACCGAGUCCAUUCGAACAACGAAUUGGUUACUACCGAGCGGUCCGACACGGAUCGCACAUCUUCGUGUCGGGCACGACAGCGGUUGAUCCGCAGUCCCCACCGACGGCACCGCAGAUUCAGUAUCCCGGAGACGCACGGCAACAGACUCGGGUUGCGCUGGAGGAGUGUGUCACGGCCGUGCGCGCCUUAGGAGGAAACAAGGAGAGCAUUGUUCGGGUGCGGAUGUUCGUGGGCGACCCGGCGGACUGUACGGCGGUGGGGGAGGGAUUCCGUGAGGUCUUGGGGAAGCAUGAUAAUGCGGCGGACGUGGGCGCGGCGGCAACGAUGAUUGUGGUGCGGAAUGGGUUUGUGGAUGAACAGAUGUUGGUGGAAAUUGAGGUGGAUGCGGUGGUGGAUGCAUGA